GAGCCUAAUCAUGCUUAAAUAAUUGAGGACUCUACAACCUUUUCUUCCAAAUUCACUAUCGAUUGAUUAGUCAUUUUGUGAUGAGUUCCAUCUUGUCAAACGUCCUUCCUGCUCCGGAAGAUCCUUUUCUCAGUGCUUUUAAUCUUCUUUGUAUGGUCACAAAACAGGUUAUUUUUGCCUGUAGGGAUGAUCCUUGUCCAGUUAAGUUGAAUUUGAGUGCGGGUGCCUAUCGAACCGAGGAGGGAAAGCCUCUUGUUCUUGAGGUGGUGAGAAAAGCAGAGCAACAGUUAGCAAAUGACCUAUCUUGUGACAAGGGUUAUCUCUCAAUUGAUGGACUUGCUGAUUUUAACAAAUUGAGCGCCAAGCUGAUCUUAGGUGAUGAUAGUCAUGCAGUGGAUGAGAAUAGAGUUGUUACUAUCCAGUGUUUGUCUGGUACUGGUUCUUUGAGAGUCGGAGCUGAGUUUCUAGCAAAACACCACCAACAACGAGUCGUUUUCGUUCCAAAUCCAACUUGGGGGAACCAUCCCUUUAUUUUCACAUUGGCGGGUUUAAGUGUAGAGUAUUUCCGUUACUAUGAUCCGCAAACCCGAGGACUCGACUUCGAAGGCAUGCUCGAGGAUCUUGGUGCUGCACCGCCUGGAGCUAUUGUGGUAUUGCAAUCUUGUGCGCAUAACCCCACAGGAAUUGACCCAACACUGGAACAAUGGGAAAAGAUUCGACAAAUUGUGAGGUCUAAAGGUUUAUUACCCUUCUUUGAUAAUGCAUAUCAGGGUUUUGCUAGUGGGAACCUUGACUCAGAUGCACAAUCGGUGCGUAUGUUUGUUGCUGAUGGAGGUGAAUGUUUGAUAGCUCAAAGUUUUGCCAAAAACAUGGGUCUUUAUGGUGAGCGUAUUGGUGCUCUUACCAUUGUAUGCACCUCACAAGAUGUGGCUAGGAAAAUUCACAGUCAAGUGUUACUUGUUGUUAGACCUAUGUAUCUUAGCCCACCAAUUCAUGGAGCAUCCAUUGUUACCACAAUUCUUAAAAACAGUGAUAUGUACAAGGACUGGACUAUCGAGCUGAAAGGCAUGGCUGACCGCAUCAUAAGCAUGCGCCAACAGUUAUAUGAAGCUAUACAAGCUAGAGGUACACCCGGUGAUUGGAGUCACAUUAUCAAACAGAUUGGGAUGUUUUCUUUUACAGGACUGAAUGAGAAGCAAGUUCGUUGGAUGGCCAAAGAAUAUCACAUUUAUAUUACUUAUGAUGGGAGGAUAAGCAUUGCAAGUCUAAGUUCAAAGACAGUGCCUCAACUCGCUGAUGCUAUACAUGCUGCAGUUACCCGCCUUGCCUAAUCCAAUGAUUCUGUUCUUUUGUUGUUUCAUAAAUAAAUUGGUUAAAAACAGAGUUCCUGGUUAACAUUUCAUUAGCGAAAACAAAGAAGCGUACUAUAUUUUAUUUUAUUUUAUUUUCCCGGGUGGACUGUUAAACCGAAUAAAAUGAGGA